AUGUGUAGAGCUCUUGCUCGGGUGCGUGCACCACCUCCUUCCAUUCUUGGGUUGUUACCACCUCCUUCCUUACUUAGGAUGUUGGUUUCUUUGGCUUUGGGAAGUGUUUUCCCAGUUCUUUCACUCAUCACUAGUCCUGAUGGCGAUAUCUCGAUCUUCAUGGAAGCAGCAGCAGCGAUACUUUGGUGUUUGGUGGUGUUUUUGCUUUUGAUUGCUCUAGCUUUAUGCUAG